AUGGAAGUUCCCGGAUCAUCGAAGAAGAUGAUAGCAACGCAAGAGGAAAUGGUGGAGGCGAGAGUCCCUAUUCCGUACAGAGAUCAAUGCGCCCACUUGCUUAUCCCUCUCAACAAAUGCAGACAGACCGAAUUCUACUUGCCGUGGAAGUGCGAAAACGAACGCCACUCCUACGAGAAAUGCGAGUACGAACUCGUCAUGGAACGUAUGCUCCAGAUGCAAAAGAUCCGUGAAGAGGAGACCAAAUUGAAGACUUCCAAGGGCGCCGCCAUCCCUCUCAUUCCCAAAACUGCCAACGCUUCCUAAUCAUUUGCCUUUUUCUUUUUAUUUGAUGAAAGCAACUGCUGAAAUGUGGAUGCUUUGAUGUUUGCUGCAGCUGUUGAUGGGAACUUUUCUUCAAACUGUUUGUUUGGAACAAUGUAAUGAUGACGUCCUUAUACUCGUGGCCUUUAUCAGUUCUGCAAACCGUUUUCAUUGAUCGAAUAAAAUUCCUCACUAAUGUUGAAAAUGGCCAAAUUUCUAAUAA